CGAUAGAAUAUAACUACUACUUCCAAACUAUAUAUUGUCAAUGGACACGAGUGAGAGCAUUGUUGUAAAUGAAGAUGGCAGCAACAUAGAUCAUGCUAUGAGCAAUGAUAUGAUGGAUUUGAGCAAUGUGAGGGUUCUGCUUUGUGACACUGAUGUUGAGAGUUGCCACGAAGUGUUAGCCCUUCUUAAGAAAUGUUGUUAUCAGGUUAUUCCAGUGUGUUCAGCAGCAGAUGCAUUAGAUGCACUGAACUCUCAGGGGCAUUGUAUAGAUAUCGUACUUGCUGAAGCCUCCCUUCUUAUUUCCAAUGGUGCCAAGAUUUUCAAUUUCAUCAAGCUGGACGUCAAUAUAAAACACAUUCCGGUGAUCAUGAUGUUGGAUGAGGACGAGAUCCCUCUCGUCUUGAAGGGUUUGAUGCUUGGAGCAACAGAUUAUCUAGUCAAACCGUUGAGCAGUAAUGAGCUAAUGAAGCUCUGGACUCACACGAAGAGAAAAGGCUCACAGUUAGUAUAUUAAUGAGAUUCUGUUACUGAUGUUAAUGUGUUGUUAUUACUUAAGCAUAAUAAUCCAAUGUUGAUUAUAAAGGACAUUGUCUGUUGCUUUUGAUUAAUGCUUAUUCUUUCUUGCUCUGA